UCAAUGCUAUUCCUGAGAGAGGAUUGUCUCCUUAUGCAACUGACUGUGUCAAUAACACAGAGUGUACUGGACUGGAGUGUAACUUUACUGUUGGCCCUGUUCAUUAUAAAAUUGAAACUGAAGUCCAGUCUUGUGCUAAUCCGCCUGGUUUUAUUUUUCUCAUCAGGAAUGUAGAUACUAAUUUGAUAAUAUUUAAUCAAUACUUUGAUUCAUCGAAGAAUACAAGCAUCCCUUUUGGACAAGCAUCAAUUCCUUUGGGUGUCAUGGUUCAUCACAGGAACUAUUCAAUGAUUAUUUCUAUUUCAGUUACUACUCCUGCUAACACAUUUUACCUUGUUCCUGAAUCUCAAAUUAUUUUGGAUAAAACUCAUUGUGAAUCAAACGUUAUUCCUACUAGACCAACAGCUGUCCCAACUCCUACUCCUAAGUCUCCUACUGAUCCUAAGAUUUGUAACGCUUUAAAAAAUAUAGCGCAAAAUCAACCACAGUGUUCUACAAAUCCUGAUUGCGAUACAGUAAUCUGUAAUACUUUAAACUACGAAAGUCAUUUUCAAGUUCUUCCUUGUCAUAGUCCUCCUGGACUUCAUGUCAGGGUAUACGAUGAAAACCGUGAAUUAAUCUAUGAUAACAUUGUUACUAACUCGACUGAGGUUCCUUUAUCUGAAUCACUUGGUAUUUCUUUGAUGAUUAAUUUUCAUAGCACCGAUGUUGAUACUUUAGAAUUAGAGGUAAACCUUGUUACCAACAUUGGUACUAUUCCAGUUGUCCCUAAAACUCCAAUUUCAUAUGACCAUUGUUUAUGCCUUAAAGAUGCAAGUAGCUGUUCAGAUGGUAUCUUUUCAACAGUUUUUCCGACAUCUUCCAGUACCCCAACUACAAGAAAAAAUAAAAUUGGAUAUGUCCUUGUCAUUGAAAUAGUGUCUCCUAUUGUUUUCGUGUUUGCUGUCAUCAUUAUAUCAGCUGUGAUUUUGAUAUGCUGCAUUAUUAUUUUAAAGAAAAAACGAUCAAGCCAAAUCUCGUUCCACCGUUUGUCAGUUCAAGCUGAUGAUGAUGACAAUGCUGAUUUGUAAAGAAACUUAUUAUCACAUUCAUAAUUAAUUAUUAUUCAUUCAUCAUUACAAUUUAUUAAUCAUUCUUUUAUUACAUAUUUGCAUGCAUAAUUUACUGCUGCUUAAUUCUUGUCAGAUGUUGCUUUAUUUUUGAUGUUGUGCAAUAAAAUUUUACAAGUAGCAACAGUUGAUACAUUUGUAAUUGUGAACUUACUUGUUUUCUGCAUUUAGUCAUUUUGUGUACCUUGCAUGUACAUUUAUUUCAUAUAAGUGAUUCAUGAUAUUGUUACAUGUAUGUGAUCAUUAUUGAUUAUUAAUUUGUUCAUGCAAUGUACAAGUAGACAAUGUGCAUCUAUUUUUCUAAAGAAUUACUACAAAAUUGAUAAUUAA